AUGGAGACCAUUCGAGACACAGCAUUUGGAAAGCUGGUGCGCCUCUUUUCACGUUUCCGAUACUUCCAAUAUCCCGAAGAGUACGAUCCAGCGAUAUGGACCGAGUACCUGAAGACCGAAAUACCAAAAGAAGAAGAGCCUGCCACUCCGGUCGACAACGAUGAGAAUCCUGAGGAUCUCGAGGCCUUUGGUCUAUAUACUGUGAUGUCGCAGGCGUCGAGGCGGAUGUCCACAACACCCACGCGGAUGUCAAGUGCUCCCACGUUACGGGAGACUGGUCAACCACUGGUGAUUAGUUGGAAAGGAGAGAAUGAUUCGGAGGAUCCGCAAAAGUGGAGUUUGGGGAAGAAGUAUUUCGUGAGCUGCCAGAUUUGGCUUCUUACGUUUGCGGUCUAUGUUGGCUCUGCCAUUUACACACCUGGUAUAACAGGCGUCACGGAGCAGUUUGGGGUGAGCAAGGUGGCAGCGACGCUGGGUCUGACCCUUUUUGUCUUUGGCUAUGGUCUAGGACCGAUGAUCUGGGCUCCUCUGUCCGAAAUUCCAAUGGUUGGUCGAAGCCCAACCUAUGUAUUGACAUUGUUGGUCUUUGUCUUUUUCAACUUCGGCGUGAUAUAUGCCCAUAACUUUGGAAUGCUGCUGGCUUUCCGCUUCCUCACUGGGUUAUUCGGAUCGCCUGUUCUGGCAACGGGGGCUGCAUCUAUGGGUGAUAUGUGGAGCCCUCAAACUCGAGACUACAUGAUUGGGGUCUGGGGGAUGUUCGCCAUCUCUGCACCAGUCUUGGGUCCUAUGCUCGGUGGAUUUGCGAGUUCUGCAAUGGGAUGGACUUGGACUAUCUGGCAACUGGUCUGGGUGUCGGGAUUUACCCUGGUUCUUCUAUUCUUUUGUCUGCCGGAGACCUUUGCGCCGAAUAUCCUUGCUCGGCGCGCUCGUCGGGUUCGCCGCGUCACGGGCAAUUCUCAAUAUAUGUCCGAGUCGGAGAUUGAGAUCAGAGAAGUCAAGCCUGUAGACGUUAUCUUCGAGGCUCUUAUUCGGCCUUUUCAACUCUGCUUCCUUGAGCCAAUCGUCCUUAUCACCAAUCUCUACAUCGCACUCAUCUAUGGAAUCCUCUACAUCUUUUUUGAGGCUUUCCCGAUCGUCUUUGAGGAGCUCCGCGGUUUCAAUCCAGGUGAAGGUGGUUUGGCAUUCCUCGGAAUCCUAGUGUGUGUUAUCUGCAUUGUCAUCCCAGCCUAUUUCUAUUGGAAAUGGCGUUACCAGUCCAAGUACUUUGAUGCAGAGGGCAACAUCGCACCGGAGAUGCAAAUGCCUCCUGCUAUCAUAGGCGCCUUUGCCCUUCCAAUUUCUCUAUUCUGGUUCGGCUGGACAGGCAACUUUGCUAGUAUCCACUGGAUCGUCCCUAUCAUUGCAUCUAUGCUCUUCGCCGUCGGUGGUUGCCUGAUCUUCAACUGCAUCUUUUGUUACCAGGCACAUGCUUAUCCAAAAUACGCUGCCUCAGUACUUGCAGGAAAUGACUUUCUACGCUCGUCGUUCGGCGCUGGAUUCCCCCUUUUUGCAUCAGCCAUGUUCCACAACCUGGGCAUUGGAUGGGCUUGCACUCUGCUUGGAUGUUUGUGCGUGUUAUUCGUGCCUUUCCCAUUCAUUCUCAUCUACCGAGGAAGGAGGAUCAGAAUGGCGAGCAAGUUCGCACGACAUGAUAUUUAA